CGCGCUCUGCGCGCGGUCGCGCCCCUGCACGGCCCGCCCUUUUUCUUCCCCGCCCGCCUCCCUCUCCACGCCAUCCGCGCUCACCAUUCCUCCCCGAUUCCCCCACAUCUGCCAAGUAAGUAACAGCAGAUUUCCCGUCCCGUCCCCUCAGGCAGCGAUGCCGACCCUCCGCAGCGCCACGGCGGGCGCGUCCCCCGCGGCGGCCAGCACGCCGCGCAGCGUCAAGCGCCGGCUGACGUCGCCGGACGCGCCGCGGCACACCUCCCCUCACCGAUCCCCGCACGCCGGCGCCGGAACGGUCUGCACGCCGAAGCUGCUGUCGACGUCGCCCAAGUCCUCCAGGAAGCGGCUCUACGGCGACCUUGUCGCGGCCGAGAAGCCCAAGUGGCAUCCCCGAGAUCCCGCGCAGAUGAGGGCUGUCAAGGAGGCGCUGCACGUGGCAACGGUGCCGUCGUGUGAAUUGGUUUGCCGGGACAAUGAGCAGAGGCGCGUGUUUGAGUUCUGCAAGGCGUGCGUCCAGCAGGCGAAGGCUGGGAGCCUGUAUGUCUGCGGGUGCCCCGGCACAGGGAAGACCUUAUCCAUUAACAAGGUUAAGGAGAGCUUGGUGUGUUGGGCAGAUGAGCUGGGAAUGGAGACACCUGACUCACUAGCAAUCAAUUGCACAAACCUAGCAAACACAUCCGAGAUUUUUAGCAAGAUACUAGGACAAUUUCAGAACCGUAAGAAGGUAACCAGCAAAUUGUCACCACUUCAGCAACUCCAGAGCAUGUUUUCCAACAAGGAAUCCGCUCCAAGAAGAAUGAUGUUGGUCAUUGUGGAUGAGAUGGACUACUUAAUAACAAGAGAUCGGGCUGUGCUACAUGAUCUUUUCAUGCUUAUGACUUGCCCAUAUUCAAGAUGCAUACUAAUAGGAAUUGCGAAUGCCAUAGACCUAGCAGAUCGCUUUCUUCCAAAGCUUGAAUCCUUAAAUUGCAAACCUCUUGUUGUAACUUUCCGUGCUUAUUGCAAGGAUCAAAUAUGUGACAUAAUUAAGCAUAGACUAAAGGUUCUAGAGUACGAUGUUUUUGAACCACUGGCCCUGGAGUUUUGUGCUAGAAAAGUCGCAGCAGCCACUGGUGACAUGAGAAAGGCUCUAGGUGUCUGCAGGAGUGCUGUGGAGGUUCUUGAAGCCAGGCUACAAGAUUCUUCUGAUCAAGAAUUAGGAAUAGUGACAUUUGACCAUAUGGAUAUAGCCUUGUCAAAGGCAUUCAAGUCAGCAGUAGUAGAUAGCAUAUUGCCUCUUCCACAACAACAACAGAUGGUACUGUGUGCAUUGGCAAAUACUUUCCAACAUUGCAAGAGAAAGGCUAUUACUCUAGGAGAGCUCAACAAAUCAUACAUCGAAAUCUGUAGAUCAACCCAAGUCCCAGCAGUUGGAAUGCUUGAAUUUUCUAACAUGUGCAUGAUUUUGAGUGAUCAGGGAUUCAUGAAGUUAGGGCAAUCCAAGGAAGAUAAGCUUAGGAGAGUGACACUUCAGAUUGACAUUUCAGAUAUUGGUUUUGCGUUUAAGGGAAAUCGUUUCUUUCAAAAAUGCCUGGAGCAGCCAAGAUGCUAGCUAGACUCAAUUACACCAUGAAGCCAAUUGUGGCUAUACAUUUUUUGUGUACCAACAAUUACAACCCUGGAUGCGCAAACGCUCGGUGACUGACUGAUACAAUCCCAUCACGCCAGCUCAGUUCUUAAUAUGCCAUCAACCAUGCUAGUGAUAGCAGUCAGCAGGCUGCAUCGUAUAUUGCUUCCUCAUGGAUUGUUUACAAUCCAGUUCAUUUUCACCAUUUUCGUUCUACAGUGCCGAGAGAAGUGUACAUGUGAUGAGUUAUAUUUCCUAUACACAAUUCUUGCAAAAUAUAGAUGACUGUAUUCUGACUUAUUUUUUCAAUUUGGGCUUUCAAUUUUUAUUCUACCAAAACUGAUUGAUUGUGUAUCUUCUAGCAUAUCAAUAACAUUUGCUGUAAGAAUCCUUGCUGAAAGUUGGAAUCAGUAACGAUAAGCUGGGAUCAUGUAAUGUAUUUUGGCCAAAUCAAUUGCCCUCUGA